AGUAUAGUUAGCCGGAAUGGAAGGAGGAGCCGCUGCACCUUUAAGUGUCAUUGGAGGAAGCGACAGCCCGGGAGCUGAUAUAUAGAAGACAGGCCGGCCGCUGCAGGCGAGUGUGGGGCGCCCCCGACCUGACCCGUGUGAGCCAUCCUGUGAGUUGGGCUGCUGGCGCCGGAGGGUCAGAGCCAAGCCGACCCUAACCAAGGAGGUCAAGGCCAAGCGAGCAGUCUGGGCGACCAUGGCCACGCUGUUGGGCGCCUACCCCUGGCCGGACGGGCUGGAAUGCCCGGCUUUGGACGGGGAGCUCUCCGACGGGCUGGCGUCGCCCGCAGCCCAUCGUACCCCGGGGGAUAAGGGCGCGGAGAGUCGCAUCCGCCGGCCCAUGAACGCCUUCAUGGUUUGGGCCAAGGACGAGAGGAAGCGGCUGGCCGUGCAAAACCCCGACCUACACAACGCGGAGCUCAGCAAGAUGCUGGGAAAGUCCUGGAAAGCUCUGACCCUCUCCCAGAAGAGGCCAUAUGUAGAUGAAGCUGAGAGGCUCCGGGUACAACAUAUGCAGGAUUAUCCCAACUACAAGUAUCGCCCCCGUAGAAAGAAACAGCUCAAGCGCAUCUGCAAACGGGUGGACCCAGGUUUCCUGCUGAGCAGCCUGUCUCGGGACCAAAACUCCCUCCCAGACAAGAGGUGUGGCAGCAGGGUUUCUGUGGGGGAGAAGGAAGAACAUGGUGAGUACUCCCCGGCUACAGCCCUUCCCAACCUCCGGGGCUGCUACCAGGAGGUGCCCACCGGCAGCUGCACCAGCGGUAGCAGCUCCACUAGCAGUGUGGAUGCCUACCCAUAUGGGUUGCCCACCCCACCAGAAAUGUCUCCUUUGGAUGUCCUGGAGCCUGAGCAGACCUUCUUCUCUUCCCCCUGCCAGGAAGAGCACUCUCAUUCCCACCGUCUCCCACACAUCCCAGGAGCUACGUACUCUCCAGAAUAUAUGUCCAGCCCCCUCCACUGCAAUCACCCAUUGAGUUCCAUCGCCCUCCCCCAGUCCCCGGGCGUCUCCAUGAUCCCCUCGGUAACCAGCUGCUCCCCUUCCCCAGCAUACUACUCUCCCCCUGCCUUCCAUGCUCUGCACCCCAACCUCCAUGCCCAUCUGGGCCAGCUCUCCCCUCCCCCCGAGCACCCAGGUUUUGAUGCUCUAGACCAACUGAGCCAGGUGGAACUCUUGGGGGACAUGGACCGCAAUGAAUUUGACCAGUAUUUGAACACUCCCAGCCAUCCAGACUCCACAGCGGGCAUCACUAUCAAUGGACAUGCCCCAGCCUCUCAGGUGACACCAGGGGGACCCACAGAGACCAGCCUCAUCUCAGUCCUGGCUGAUGCCACGGCAACCUACUACAAUAGCUAUAGUGUCUCCUAGGCCGGUGUGCACAAGGCAGUUCCUGACCUUCUCCUUUGUGUGGACUGAACCGAGCGGAGAGACUAAACAGUAUUACCAACAGCUUCCCUUGAUGCAACGCCUCUGAGCCUUCCCUCAGAAUGUGUCCGGGUCAAAGCUGAUGGAUUGGAAUCUACUUCGUCCUGUAGAUAAAUGUUCUUUUGCCGAUCCACUUUGCCUUCUUGACAACUAGUUCCACUUUCCUUCAGCCUCCUCUCUGAGAAUCUUGCUUCUUAAUUCUCUCUACUACAUGAACAUGUCAAUGUAAGUCUCCUACAGAUGCUAUUUAAGACUGAAAUUUUCUCUGACUUUCCUCUUUUCUUCCCAUCAUAUGAAAUAUAACAGCUCCACUCCAUCUUUAGGAACUCUCCCACUGUACUCUUUUUCCUGCCUCAGACACAGGCUUGCAGAAGAUCAGCACAAAAAGCAUUGAUUGCCAGGUCAGCAUAGUGUAAAGAGCUGUGGACAGGGAAUCAGGAAAACUGAUGUCCAGUAACAGCUCUGCUAACAGACAAGCUACCUUCAAGAUAGCAUUAAGCGGCUCUAGGCCUCAGUUUCUUCCUCUGUCAAAUGAGAUCAUUAGUCAAGGUGAUCCCCCAAGGUUCCCUCCAGCCACUUAGAAAACAAAAAUGAAUUAUGCUUUCAACAGUGCUCUCUGCAUUCUGCUAGCUUUAUUUUUUAAGUUUCUGCUUUAAAAAAAAAAUCUGUCAAAGAAGCCAAAUUAAAUCAACAACCAUAACUACAUGAUUUGGGAAAUUGUUGGUUGAAGGUUUAUGGAAAAUAAGAAUACAAAGGUGAAAGGAAGAUCAGAAAACUAAAGGUAGUUUUACAUAUUUCUGGAUGGGUCUAUGGAAAUAAAAAAUCCAUGAAAACAAACAUAAUCACGUGUAUAUCUGAGGAUAAUACUUGGACUGUCUUAUAUACCUAGGUACACAUAUGUAUGGGACUGUUUUGUAAUACCUUCACCAAAACCCCAAGUCUGCCACCACUGGAAGGGUCAUGAAGCAAGUUAGGACCAAACAAACUGACUUUCUUCCAAUGUCGGGAUUGAUGGGGAUCCAUGUGCCAUAUUUUUUAUAGUCCUUUCUGUAUCGGAAGGUUCCUCUCUCUUGUCUCUUAUCUCUGUCUCUGUCAUGCUUACUUUCUCCUUCUCUCCAUGCCUCCUUCCUUCCUUUUGCCUCCCAAGGAAAUAUAGACACCCACUUUAGAAGAUUUUAUGAGCCCUGGUGCCAUCCUACAGACAUUUCCAGCCUUCUCCAAAGCCUCCUUUGAAGGAAAAUAUUCAACACUAAGCAACAAGACCACUGUUUGUCUUUCACCUUCAGUGUAUUAUUGCUUAUCAGGAAACUGUAAAUUGAUUAUAUAUAUAUCUUCCUCAAUUUCCCCUUGUAUUUUGUAUUGUUAAAGUUUCUUCUUUUUCUUCCAUGAAAAGUUUUAUUGUAAAUCAAUUAUAAAACAUGAUUAAUCUUCAUGUUAUUACUGCAUAUGAAAUUUGAUAAUAAAUAAUAAGUAGUUGUAGCUACGAUUGACUGAUGUGCAAUCUUGAAUGUGUAUUAAUUAUCUUUUUAAACACUACAGUUAUUAAGCUAAAAUGUUCCAUCUUUUAUAAGAGCGAAGUUUGCUUUGGAACAGCUAUGUAGAUAUGUUUGUUUGAAAUAUUUAAUUUAAAUAAACACUUUUUUUUACCGUGAUGAUUUUACCAUUUGAAUUAUAAUUUUGCCCCCCAAAAUGCAAAAAAAAAAAAGGUUUUCAUGAGAGAAACAUUUAUUGUGUUUAUCGUGUGCAACUUUUGUAUGUAUUAUUAGUCAAAAUCUUUUCUACGUCAACUUUUUUUAAAAUAAAAUAUUUGUGGCUAUA